UCACGCGGGACCAGCAUCCGCAAUUUCAUUAUUUGAGGCAUUUUGUCCCUAUCCCUUAUCAUUUUGAGCCAUUUCCGAACAAAUUCAACCCUUUAAAUCAAGACUACCCACCUCUUUUACGAUGUCUACUACAACUACAAUCACCCAAGCCGAGCCUAUUACUGCUCAAAGUAUUCUUCGACUCUUCCCCGAUAUCGAUACCAGCUCUGCAGAACUUGACGGACACGAUGAAGAGCAGAUCAGAUUGAUGGAUGAAGUCUGUAUUGUUCUAGACGAAAAUGACAAGCCUAUUGGAAACUUUAGCAAAAAGAUAUGUAAGAGAAUAUGAUUAUUCGUCGCUUUUACAUUUACUAAUUAUACCAGGUCAUCUCAUGACGAACAUCGACAAAGGUCUCCUUCACCGCGCAUUCUCCGUCUUCCUUUUCAACUCCAAGAAUGAACUACUCCUCCAGCAACGUGCAACUGAAAAGAUCACUUUCCCUGAUAUGUGGACCAACACCUGCUGCUCCCAUCCUCUCGGCAUACCGGGCGAAGGAGGAUCUGAGUUGACUGAAGCUGUCAUGGGAGUGAAGAGGGCAGCACAAAGAAAGCUUGACCACGAACUCGGUAUCAAGGCUGCGCAAGUGCCUAUCGAGAACUUUAAGUUUUUGACAAGAAUUCACUACAAGGCACCCAGCGACGGAAAAUGGGGGGAGCAUGAGAGUAUGGUCAUCAAUUACUAUGAACUUUUGAUGGGAGUAUUAUUAACAUUGACCAAUUUUCACAGUUGAUUAUAUUCUCUUCAUUACCGCUGAUGUCGACAUGGAGCCAAACAUGAAUGAAGUUCGCGAUACUCGCUACGUUACAGCCGAUGGUCUUAAGACUAUGUUCAACGAUCCGUCUUUGAAAUUUACCCCUUGGUUUAAGCUUAUUUGCAACUCUCUUCUAUUUGAAUGGUGGGAGCACAAAGAUACCGAUCUCGAGAAAUACAUGAAUGAGCAAGAUAUUAGAAGAAUGUGAGGACGAUUUUCCGGGGGAGGAGGGGCAGGGAAGACGGCGAAACGGAUCAAAGAAUGAAUCAUGGAGGAGUCAUUGAGAAGCUGAGAGUCUCGCCAAUGCAUAUUGCAUAUUGGCAUUGAGGUUUGCUGCAAUACCAAAGUUGAUACCCAACACAAAAGCGAAUCACUUUAAUACGCCCUAAUUAAUAUCAACCAGUACGAUCAACGCGGGGCAAUUCCGAACAUUUUGCUUUCCAAUUGGGCUUUGACA